CGAUUAUGUUAAAACCAUUUGUGAUUUUAUUAUCAAUAUUACUCGUUCAGGCACAAUCAGAAACAACUGACAGUCCUUACAAAAUUGAUUCAGCAGACUAUGUGCAAGCAUCGCCUGCUUGGCUCUCUCACAUUGAAUUACCCAAGAAUGUAGUCCGAGGCUAUCCUAAAGAAGAAGAAGUCUUUCCAGCCCCUUUGCCCAAAAAACGCUUCAACAUUGACUUGAGUUCAUAUCCAGACCUGUUAAAACAACCACCCGUUGAUCACCCAGAGGUUCAGGCAGUGAUCAACCAACUUGAUUUCACAAAGAUUCCUGCUAGUGAGCCUCGUAAAAUAAAAGAAUGGGCUGUUGAUAUCUCCACUUACGAUGCUAAGAAGGAUCCUGAUUGUUGGUGGUCUGCUUCAAACUGUAAAAAGCCAAAGGUUAGCUAUAUUCCUGAAGAUAUAUACAUGUGUCCUCAAAAGGGCCAUUGGGGCUUAAAUUAUGAUGACGGUCCAUAUACUUACUGGUGGCCUGUAAACGAGAAAGACAAAGAAUACGAUCAGCCUCGAUUUUAUAAUUAUUUGAUAGAGCACAAAAGACAAAAAGCAACUCUUUUCUUUGUUGGAUCAAAUGUAGUCAAGUUCCCUGAUGCAGCGCAAAGAGCACUGAAUGACGGCCAUACGAUAUGUUUGCACACAUGGUCUCACCCUCAAAUGACGACCUUGACAAGUGAAGAAGUAGUCGCUCAACUGUAUUGGACACAAAAGGCUAUUAAAGAAGUACUCGGUAUUACUCCCAAGUGUUGGCAUGAUAGAGUGAGAGCUAUUGCUUGGCAAAUGGGUAUGCGAACUAUUCUUUGGGAUCAAGAUUCAUUUGAUUGGAAUCUGUAUGUUCAGCCAGGCAAAGGUCAUCUUAAAGCAGAAGAGAUCGAUAGCUAUUUUGAAAACUGGAUCCAAAAGCGUAUUAGCAAUAAUGAUACAGAGCAUGGACAUAUUACUUUGCAACAUGAAAACAGUAAUGCAACUAUUAGUAUGUCUGAGAGAUGGCUUCCCAAGAUACAAGAACACUUUACCGUCCUGCCUAUUCAUCAUUGCAUUGACGAUUCUCAGCCAUAUUGGGAAGAACAAUGGGUCUAUCCUACACUUAAGGAUCCUAAUCCUCCUACGUUCAGUUUGGGUCAUGGAAGAAAUGCAAUCAACGACGAGGUUGUUUCUUCUUCAGCACCUUUUGUGAGCCCAUAUAGAUGUAUUAGUCUUGCUAUCAUAGCCUUUGUUAUAUCUUACUUGUCUUAGCUAUUUGUUUGCUUUUUUAAUAAUAUGAAACUGGAAAAUACAAACAAUACACAAACAUUGACGCAUCUAAAUUAAGUGGAAAAAAUCUUCAUUAUUUAUUUAUUUUUUAAAAGAAAAUAGCAACAUAUUCCGUUAGAUACGAUGUCUAUAAACC